AGUUAAAAGAUGGCAAUGGAUGCCGAAGAGUGAAACGUGCUGCUAAAUAGUGCAAUAGCGAUACAAACGAUAAAGUAGCCCGACUCGUCGCUGGAGCAGCAUAUCAACAAUCUCUUUGUUACAGCUCCAGUGUAGCUGUGUAAUUCCUCAAACCCAACCCACGGCAAGAUGGUUCUGGCGGACAACUUCUCCAUCUUCCAGGAUGUGUACUGUGGAGGCCCCCUCUCUACCGACCACUCCAAGACUUACCGCAACACCCUCGCCAUGUCUCCCCUCAAAUCCUUCUUAAAGGUGAAACGAACGAUACAGCUGAUAGGCAACACUAACCUGAACCUGGCUUUCAGACAAAUAGACAAUAUGGAGCGUCUCGCCAUGUCCGAGUACCAGGUGUACGAGAAAAAACAAGAGAAGACGAUGGAGCGAAUAUCUCGUAAAUCCAACAACAAACGCUUGCGGAGGUUAGAGAAGAUUAUCACAAAGAACCCUUUAGAUGAGGAUGAAGAGGAGGACUCAGAUUCUAAGAGUUCUCAGAGAUAUGUUAGAAAGAGACGGAGAAAGAUGAAAGCUAGAAAAAGAGCAGGAGCGGGUGGCACCUACAUGAAAAGACUGAAGCUAGCCUCCGACAGUCUUAAGAGUACUGACCCUGAGUCCAGUUACGGGACUGUCCUCAAUAUGGACUCCUACCUCGCGUUUAAAGACUUUUCCGGCUCCAAAGCUGGGAAAACCAAAAAGAAAAGUCGGCGGAAAGGGAUGGUGUUGAGCAGAACAGAACAGAAAGCUAUCGAGAGCACAGCUAGAGAAACGCUAGACAAGCUCUUACCAAAAUGGAAAGGCGAAAAAUCGCCAAGUUCGUUGACAAACGCAGAAAUUGAACGAAAGAAGGAAGAUCUGUUUCAAAAUAUUGGGGAACUUCACACCUCUCUGUCAGUGUCAGAGCUUCUAGCACAACCGAAAUGGCGCCGGGGAUUCAGACCGUCUAAAGUUAUAGCUGAGACCCCAGAUAAGAAGCCUACGGUAAACCUGGGGACCACUAGGAUUAGGAAACCGUCAGCUGGGUUCGAGACAAUCUUCACUAGCUCCCGACCCAUCCCCCUUCCUUCUGCAAAGAGAGUCAUUCCUAAGUUCCUCAACAGAAGGGAACUUCUUGAAAGCAAUCAGCUCUACAAGUUAACACGCGACAGCAAGACGAGGGAAUUGAAAAUAGACGAGGAAAUCGCGCUGCUGGGAUCUUAUGCCGGUAUUACAAGAUACAACUACCUCCGUGAUGGUGACGAGAAACUGAAGGAGAAGAGACUAGAGUACAACAAACAACUGGACAAGCUGCACCGCCGGAAGCUCGGCCUCAAGAGAUCCUGGAUAAACGUCGUCAGCAAGCGAAGGAACAGUCUGGAUCCCAGGAUGGGUCUCCCUAAGAAUGCCCCCAUGAUGCCUCUUAUUCCUAAUCUUAGAAAGAGAAUAAACAAGUUGGCACGAGUAAAGAAAGCUGAGAGGAAGACCAACAACCUCUUCCUGGAUAUUUUACGGAAGAUUGAUGAGAAGAAUGAAACUGCAGAUGAGCCAAGAAUCUCGGAUGAAUCUCCUACUGGUAGUGGGGGUUCAGCUCCCCCUGAUGUUUACCGCCCGACUCCAAACUUACUGGACUCAAGUCAAAACUCAGAGAGAUUGGUCCUUCCCGCUUUGAUAAAGACUCCAAGAACGCCAAGAACUCCACGAAAAUUAGAAAGCCAAGCUUCUUCAUUGAACUCAACUUCGUUAAAUUCGACUGAAGAUUUUCAGAAAGCAUUUAACCUACCAACCAAAACCCCGGGUGAGCGUCGUCUUGAGACUGAGAACAAACGAGAACAAAAACAGAAGACGGGACUUAAAAAGAGGGGCUCCAAGAUCACUCUACCAUCCAUUAUAACAGCGGUUAAACCUGCCAUGGCGAUGAAACGUGAACGUUCCAUCGUAACUACAAAUAACCACUUAUCCACUAACCAAUUGGCCGUCCCUGUACAUUCGCUAAACUCAAUGUCGACUCCUAACCUUCCCGAAAGAGAGCCCAGCAGCGGGGAACGCAGAUCCUCGAUACCAGACCUCAAACCUCAGCUUACCUCCGAGGAUUUAGGCUUUAAGAUGAACAUAUUCCUCAGCGGACUAUCGUCAGACUCCAAACCAGGCAUGCCUCCCGUAGUCGGAUGAAGGGUUUAGGAACAUUAUUAUAUUAAUGUGGUCUGGUGGUCAAGAUACUGUGCAAUAACCUGGAGUUCAGACCCUUAAUCUGGAGUUCAGACCCUUUAUCUGGAGUUUAGACUCUUAAUCUGGAGUUCAGACCCUAAAUCUGGAGUUCAGACCCUUAAUCUGGAGUUCAGACCCUUAAUCUGGAGUUCAGACCCUUGAUCUGGAGUUCAGACCCUUUAUCUGGAGUUCAGACCCUUAAUCUGGAGUUCAGACCCUUUAUCUGGAGUUCAGACCCUUAAUCUGGAGUUCAGACCCUUAAUCUGGAUUCUGGAGUUCAGACCCUUAAUCUGGA